AAACGCCUUCACAGCUAAAUUGGGCGUGUAUCUGCUGCAGUUUUUAUUAUGUGGGCUAACAUCAGAUGCCACUUAAAUAAUUGAAUUCGCAGAUUGGGGGAAAGCAACAAUAUUUAUAAAUUUGGGAAAGCCGCGUUUAGGGUUAGGACUAAAAGGAUGGCAGAGGUUGCUCGUCAGGGGAAGCGAAAAUUGGAAGAGGAAAUUAGUGUGAAGAAUAAUGUGGAAACAGAAGAGUAUGAUUCUGAUGAUGAUAUGUAUGCUGGUAACCAAAGGAUGUACGUUAUUCCUAUCAUGUUUCCAGCCCAGGGUGCCAAGGUAGGGGGUUUUGAUAUCACUUUGGAUGUGGAAUUGGGUGUGAGUAUUGGAGCUCCAAUUAUUCCACACCGGGGGGGUGAAGAGCACGACCCAAGGUUUAUUGAGAUUUCCUGCUUAGCUAUUGAUGCUUACAAUUUGCAGAAUAAUAAAAGAUUCGAAUUUGUCGAAAAUGUGACUGUGAACACAUCACUUGCUGCUGGAUAUUGGUGUUACAACACCUUUCGAGCCAGGGAUUCUGAUUCUCCCAACGCUGUAAAGACAUUUCAAGCAUUGGGGUACUGGGGAAUUAGUGGAAAGAGAAUUCUUUCAUUUUGCAGGCUUAAGAAAACAUCCAGUGAUGAAGGUGAUGAGUGCCCUCCCGAUUCCAAUGUUGACGUGAAAGCUACACAGUGAGCUUGUCAUCUCUUUAAGCUCGUCAGUCUUACUCUUGUAGUAGUAAUUAUUGAAAAUGUAGCGUCGCUUGUGCUACUAUUAAGACCUGAAAAGAUGUGUAGUGAUGUGUCUUCUACUCUCCUAGUUGUUUUAUUAAGAAUGUAGAAUUAUUUGUGUUAUUACUAAGACAAGGAAAAAGGUGCUUUGAUGUUACGAUGAUGAAGCUUUUAUCAGAGUAACUUGGGGUUGAGGAAUCCUUUGUAGCAUUGUGAUAGUCAUCAUACGAUCGUGAGGGCUCUCGCUCUUGAUGGUCCUCAAGUUGGUUGCCGUUGCCUUUUACUUCUCAUUAUGGAACAUUACAUAUUGAUGGUUUAAAAAACAUACUGUCGUUUUCUUUUCAAAUUUCAUACGCUUUUCAUUU